AUGGUGAAGAAGAAGUUCGGCGGCGAGAAGGUCGAUGUGAAGGGUGUCUUGGCACCGGCUGCGCCCAAGAAGCCUGCUGGAUCAGCAUGGUCCCAAGGUGCCGGUGCUGCUGCAGAAGCCUCUGCAUCGGCUGGAGCACCAGCCGCUAGAGGCCCAGCUCCCUCAGCUCCCUCAGCUGGACCAGCUACCGGGGCAUGGGCUAAAGGUGGACCCUUGGGGUUAGCAGCCACGGCCACCUCGGUGCAGGCAACGGCUAAGCCUAAAUUUGCGCCCGCUCCGCGAGUACCAACUGGCUACGCAGCAGGUCCGCAAAGGCCUGCAUUGGGACAGAAGAAGGCUUCUCCAGUCUUUAAUGCAGCAGAUUUCCCAGAUGUAGAGAAGCCGAAGACUGCUGCAGAAUUGGCAGAAGAGGCCGCAAACAAAAAGGCUACCAAAGCCUUUCCAGAGGUGUCGAGUUCUGCUGAAGCACUGGCGGCCUUGUGCAGCAGAGCAGGUGUCACGGAGUCCUCUGAUAUUGGUCGAGCCACUGGAGCGCUAUCCUGGCUUCUGAACACUUUAAAUGCGGAUAUGUCAGAUGAUGAUAGAGACAAGCUCCUGAGAGCAGGAGCCUUGGUCAUUGAGGGCAUGGCCUCAGAUGAGAAGAGUGUAUCUGCUGUUGAUGAGGUACUGAAGGGGUACUUCCAAGUGCAGCAGCACAAAGGCAAGAACACGCCACAGGCCCUUGAGGCCAACGGCUUAGUCGAUGCCUUGCUGUUUGGAAAGCUGGCGCUGAAGCUGGAAGCUGGAAGCCAGAGGCAAGGUGCCAUUAGACUGAGAAUUGUAAGGCGAUUGCAAAAGCCAACGAACUCCGCUGUCGCUCAGCGCGCUUUGGCAGAUGCGCUCGUGCCAUUACUGGCAGCAGACCCGGACGCAGCCGAAGAGAUCUGCCGCAAGGACUUCAUCCCAGACUUGUCGUCUGCGCAGGAAGGUACCCGACGUGGUGCAGCUUUAGGGAUCGCUGCCAUUGUACAAGGAUCCGGAGGUGUGCCAGCAAUGAAGAAGUUGGGCAUCAUGGAGAUUGUCAAGGAGUAUGCAGCCACUUCGGGGAAGACAUCGGCGGGCAAGCGCGAGGCAGCACUGUUGCUGCUGCAAGCCCUGGCGCAGGCCUUGGGUCGAACCUUUGAGCCGUUUGCAAUGGCCUCAAUGCCUUUGCUGCUAGAGAGCUGUUCAGACUCUGCCAAAGAUGUUCAAGUUGCUGGGCGCGCUGCAGCAAAGACAGUUGUAAGCCAGGUGAGCAGCGGUGGUGUACGGCUCAUGAUUAAUCCAGUGCUGGAGGGGCUCAAGGACAAGCGUUGGCGAACGCAACUUUCGGCAGCAGAGCUGCUGAAGCCAAUCAUUUCAGAACUGGUUGCAAGUGCACCCAAACGACUGCUGGCCGUCGUCCCAAAGGCUGUGCCUCUCCUUUGUGAUGCUGGAGCCGGCACCCGUGCAGAGCUCCGUAACGCUGCACGUGAGGUGUUGGAGCAAAUCGGUGCUGCUAUCGAUCACCCUUCUGUUGUUGCAUUAUCAUCAGAUCUCAUAGCCGCACUCCUUGAGCCAGGGGAUGUGGCACUAUCUAAGGCUCUAGAUGGGCUCCUCAGAACUGUUUACACAACCUCAGUGAGCGGUGCAUCUUGUGCUCUUAUUUGCCCUGUGGUGGAGCGUGCCAUUUCCAAGGGGGACGCUGAGGUUAGACGGAAGGGAGCCAACUUUGUCAGAACCUUGAGCCAGUGGGCCGUGGAUGCUGAGGAGCUAGGGCCAUACCUGGCCACAUUGCGGCCAAAACUUGAGACCCUCCUUGCUGAUACUACCCCAGCCGUCCGAGACGCAGCCGCGCAGGCUAUUGGAGUCUUAGCUGCCGCAACCUCUGCAGCACCGGGUGGCGAUGAAGGUGCUGGUGACGUGGCCUCAGCUUUGGUGCAAAAGCUCCAGAGCACAAGCGAAGCGGCAAAAAUGGAGGGCGCUGCACAGGGCUUGGCAGCUGCGCUGGCAGCUUCUGAGGAUCGUUCAGAGCUUUUUGAGCAGAUCCUUAAGGGUGCAAGAAAUGGCUGCAUCGGAUUUCUCACAGUGAUAGCGCACUUGCCAAAAGCACUGAGAGACACAGAGGGUGGUGAAGAUGAUCUUGCUUCCACCCUUGUUGUGUUGAGCGAAGCCCUGUCUGACAAAGAUGAGGCCAUCAGGAAAGCUGGUCGCCGUGGCUUGACGGCUGUAGCGGAAGGGUCGAGGAGCCCUGAGACAGCAGCGGCCGUGGCCGCAGCACUGGAGUCAGCGUUACGCGCAGAUGAACCACUAGCACGAACCGCAGGAGCUGAAUUAGCACUCAUCCUGCUGGUGCAAAAGACAUUCACGCCAAGUGCAGCCCCUGCCGCAUGGGCAGGUCUCGUGGCAGCUGGCGUGGUGGCUCAGUCUGACGCUAACGCUGUUGUGCGUCGGGCUGCGGACCGAGUUUGGCGUGCAGCAAAUGAGGCUGGUGGUAAUGCUGGAAAGCAGCUCAAGGAUCUUAGACCACUUCUGCUCGAGCGACUGGCCACCGACCUUUCAGGGGGGGAAGCCACCGUAGCUGCAUCAGCGGGUCGUGCGGCUGUCAAUCUGCAAGGGCGUUUUGAGCCGAAGCUAGGCGUCAUCGAGGAUCUGGUGCCGACGCUUUGUGACGCUUUGCGAGCUGAGGAACUGAGUGUCAGAAGAUCUGCGUGUGAAGGUCUUUCAGAGAUCUUGCGGGACGAGAAGGGCCAGAAAGUCAUCUUGAGGGACUCAGCGCUGGUAACUGGGAUCAAGAGCGCAUUGCUCGAAGCUGGCUCAGAAGAUGAAGAUGCAGAGCCGCUGCGAAAGGCGGCCGCUGCCUGUUGUGUUGCGGUGCCUUCUACGAUGUUGGCAGAGCCUUUCGUGAAAGAGCUCUGCCAGAUUGAAGUAAGUCUGAAUGAUGAGCAGUGCAAAGGCUUGGAGCGUUUGGUUGCGGGGAUGUCCAGCAACUCCAGCAGCAGUUCUGCAUCCUUCUUGUCAGCUUUGGUCAGAAUGGCUGGUGCUCCGCCCCACAACCUUGGGCAGAUCUCUUGCCUGACUGCGGCAACGGCUGCUGCCGUGGCUCCACUGCGAGAGGUGGCACCAGAUUUGGCAUCAGCGUGUGUCGAUGCGGGUGCAGUUCUCGAGAGUUCCGAGCCCAGUCCAGUAGGCAGCGCUGCAGCAGCAAUCCUCUCGCGGUUGGAUGAGGCUGGUGCCGACGAGUUCAUCGCUGCUGUGGUUUCCAGAAUUGGACUUACUGAGCAAGGACGCGCAAGCAACGACUCAGAGGCAGCCGCGCGUAUUCUUACAGCCUGUUUUGGAUCAAUGCAACGGCCUCCAUCGCAAGCAGAGGCUUUGCUGGAUGUCCUAGUGCCAGGUGUGCUGAUGACUUCACCUGACAGAUCUCCUGCCAAGGCUUAUUCGCUUGCGCUGCAGGGUCUAACCAGUUUGUCAGGGGCUGCGUCACUGUGUCAGGCGCUUGCGCCCUGUCUUGCUGCAGCUUUGUCCAGCACGGAAGGGCAGAUUGCCCCAGAGGCGUUAGAUGCUUUGGCUCCGCUUCUACAAUGUGCCACACAUGCUGGUCAGCAGCGGAGGUCUCUCGCAGAGUCGUGCUCAGGACUCUUCAAGUGCACUGCGUCAGCUGAUUUGCAAGGCCACGCUGUGAAGCUCGCUGGCCCGCUUCUUAGGAUUCUCGGUGAGAAGGAUACCGAACUUCAGAUCGCUGUAGUUUCAGCCAUCACAGAGUUGCUGCAGCGCACCACGGCAUUACGGCCGCUUGUUCCCGCGCUUCAGAUGGCACUGGUACGAUUGCUAGAAGGUCCGGCUGAGGUUCACGGCGUGGCUGCGCAAGCCCUUGGUGCUUUGGCACCGCUGGCUCCCCGAGCAGAAGCACUGGUGAAGUUGCUUUGCAAGCCUCCCUUGAGGGCGUCCAAUGUCUUAGCGCUUGCAGAGGUGAUGAAGGCUAUGGAGGGGGCAUCAUCGCUGUCCGAAGAG